AUGGACUUCAAGGGAGAUGCAGGGUCUUGUGUAUGUGUACGUGUCUCCUCUUAUAAUAAUCCUCGUUAUUUAGGUAUAAUAGGUUAUGGAGAAAAGGAGACAAUAGAUUCUGCUGCUGCUGUUGCUGCUGCUGCUGCAGCAGCAAUAAAGGAGAGACCUAAGGCACGAUCUAUUGGGCUAUUUAAGGGUACAGCAUCAAAGACAACAACAACACCACAAGUAGAGAGAUUAACUUUAUUUACUAUUGAUAAAGAAAGAACACAAAAAGCUCUUGAGGCUGCCCUCCGUGUUGCCUCUGGUGUACAUAUAGCUCGCCAAUUAGUAAAUGCCCCCGCUAAUUAUUGUACAACUGUUACUCUUGCUAAGGCAGCAGAGGCUAUUGCUAAAGAGGGUGGUUUAGAGUGUAGAAUAUUAAAUAAAGAAGAAAUAGAAGAAUUAGGGAUGGGUUGUUAUUUAGCAGUAGCUAAAGGAUCAAUGUAUCCUCCUUUAUUUAUUCAUUUAAUAUAUAGAUCUAAGGAUUGUCCUCCUGCUGCUGCUGCUGCUGCUGCUCCUGCUGCUGCUGCUGCUGCUCCUGCUGCUGCUGGUGCACCUACAACAGCAGCAACAGCAGCAGCAGCAGCAGCAGGAGCAGCAGGAGGAGGAGGAGGAGAUAGAGAAGAAGGAGACCAAUCAUCAGACCCAUCAUAUAAUAGCGGAUCUCCAGGAGGAACAACAGCAGCAGCAACCCCAUCAGCAGCAGCAGCAGCAGCAGCAGCAGGAGCAGCAGGAGGAGGAGAAAAAAAAAUAAAAAAAAUAGCACUUAUAGGAAAAGGACUUACCUUUGAUAGUGGAGGGUACAACGUAAAAAGGGCAGAAACUUCAAUAGAGAUGAUGAAGUUUGAUAUGUCUGGUGCUGCUGCUGUAUUAGGUGCUGCUGCUGCAGUUGCUGCUGCUGCACCUAUAGGGUGUAUAGAGGUACAUUUUCUUGCUGCUGCUGCAGAGAAUAUGAUUAGCCAAUCUGCAUAUAGACCAGGAGAUAUUAUACAAUCAUCUAAUGGUAUUACUAUUGAGGUAGGUAAUACAGAUGCAGAGGGGAGACUAACAUUAGCAGAUACAUUAGUAUAUGCAGAGGAGACACUGCAUGCAGAUAUUAUUAUAGAUAUAGCUACUCUUACUGGUGCAUGCAUUGUUGCAUUAGGAGACACUUAUGCAGGUCUAUUCUCUCCUGAUGAUCAACUUGCUCAACAAAUCUUACAAUGGUAUACCCUAUAA